AUGGAAUUUUCCGAGCCAGUAUCUCCCAGCGUUAGGCACGCGCCAAACCAUGACUCAAUGGUCACCGUCGCGUUAUCCGAUAACCAGUCCAGUUCAGAGCACACCCAGCCGGAUUGGCGCACUCUUGACAUCCCUCCAACUCCAGUGGAGAUGAGCCAUCUCGAGAAAGAGAGUGAGGAGUCAUUUGGACCGGUGCCACUGCAGGACGCGGCGAGGACCACCCCCACUCCCGAAACCCCAGGCGCAGACGGGGAGAUGCAGACAGGCGAGACGUUUGACAAUGAGGUGGAUUGGGAGAAUCUUGAUAAGACAGAAGAACAAGAGCCGCGUGGGGAGGGGUCCGAUGAAUCCACGGCCCUGCUCCUCGCUCGACUCGAACAAGAAAACAAUGCUUUGGCGACCAACCCCAAAUCUCGGAUACCCGAUGUUUCUGAUGGCAAAGCACACCAGCGGCAGUCCCGCUCUGAGUCACUACACCAUAUCAAGCGACUCAUUAGGGAUCCCGCUCGGGCAGAGCUGCGAUACUCACAGUUACCCCCUCCUCCAAUGACCGAGUUAGAGUUUUGGGCUGCGCUUGUUGCCGAUUACCACCAGACUGCUCAGCGUUUGCCGACAUUGACCUCGAAUAAGAUUCAAGGAGGUGUGCCUCCGCCAUUGCGAGGGGUGGUGUGGCCUAGUCUAGCGGGCGCACGCGAUCCUACUCUAUUGAAUGAAUUCCAGAGACUUUCGGGUGAAAGCAGUCCGUACGACGGGCUAAUUGGAAAAGAUAUUGGUCGCAGCUUUCCCAAUGUUGAAAUGUUCCGCGACCCAAACGGGGAGGGUCAGCAAAUGCUCGGCCGGGUGUUGCGAUGCUUCAGUCUUUAUGAUACCAAGAUUGGCUACUGCCAAGGUCUUGGAUUUGUGGUAGGCCCUCUGCUCAUGCACAUGACAGAUGCCGAGGCCUUCUGUGUUCUUGUCCGCCUUAUGGAUCACUACAACCUCCGAACUUGCUAUCUUCCAGACCUUUCGGGUCUCCACCUUCAUGUUUAUCAGUUCCAAAAUCUUCUAGCACGGCACAGGCCGGUCCUGUUCCAACAUCUGGAAGCACUGCACGUUGAGCCGGUCUACGUAUCGCAGUGGUUCCUAUCAUUCUUUGCGGUGGCCUGUCCGCUGCCGAUGCUUCUCCGAAUUUAUGACGUUAUUUUCUUGGAAGGCGCAUGUGAGACUUUGAUGCGAGUUGCGCUUUCCCUGAUGCAGCGCAACGAGAAGAGAAUUUUGGCUUGCAGCGAAUUUGAGGACGUGAUGCAACUGUUAUUAUCUCGAAGCUUGUGGGACACAUAUGCCUUCAAUGCUGAUGAUCUCGUUAAUGAUUUCGUGUCUCUGACCUCUCUCGUGACGAACGAGAGUCUUCAGACCCUUGAAGCCAGCUACAACCAAUCUAAAGGCUCACCAUCCGGACCCUCCUUUCCGCAGAUGCAGGCAACGGCCUCUGGCUUCCUUGGGCGACUAUGGGCUGGCUCGUCAAACUCUCACAAUUCGGUCAAGUCACUCAACCCGAACACUAGCCCGUCACGUCAGAACAGUACCAUUCGUCGCUCUACCUCCAAGCAGAGCCUGACUUCCACGCUCAACUCUGUUGAGACCACGUCCGAUGCAAGUACUGCUGCUACUGAACUAUCAACAGCAGCAGCUAGCGUUGACAGUCAAAAAUCGCGCGUGAAAUCCAACAUGUCUUCACAUCACAAAGACCGUGACCUCCAUACCCAGAUUGAAGAACUCUUGAUGGCGCUCAGCGAUCUUCAGCGCCAACAAGCUAACCUCACACGUGAACUGCAGCAGGAGAGAGAGGAGCGGGAAGAGGACCAUACCCUAGCCAAGGAGAUGUUGAACCAAAUCAGGGAACAGCCAACUGAGACACAACCGGCCGAAUUAAUAGCCAAAGCCCAGUCACGUUUUGAAUCGGUUAACCCGAAGCGUAUUUCAAUCACCCAAACCAAGCUUCAGCUCAAUGACGAUGUUACUCGAUGGAAGGAAAUGCAUGAGGUGGAAGCCGGUCGUUGCUUGAACCUCACACGGCGCAUCGACGAUUUUGAACAGGAGAAUUCGUCCCUCAAGGAGCAAUUACGGGAAGCCCGGGGUCGAAUUCAAGACGGUUAUCGGGAACGACAGCGACUCGAGCGCAUGAACCGAGAGCUGCGUACCCUCAAAACUCCUAUAUCCGAAACACCGCUGGACACGACAUCUUCCGCGGCAGACUCUGGCGAGUCUCAAUCACCCACUAGUGGAUUGCGCGAGUUCAAGCUAGCCCGCGCCAAUUCCACAAAAAGCCCCACAUAUAACAAGCGGACAAGCAGCCUGGGUCUGCAGAGUGUUUUGUCGACGGAGGGUAACAAACCUGCCGCCGAAGAGGCGUUGCUCAUGGAGUUGGUUACUGCUAAGACGGCAGAGGCGGUCGCUAGGCAAGAGCUUGAGGAAGUAAAGGGCAAAUUGGAUUCAUUCCGGAAAAUGAUCAAGUCCUCCCAGGCCAAUCCUGAAAACCGCCAUUCCUUUGUUGGACUUUCGCAGUCGCGGAUGAGCUUGGCCAAUAAAUCUCCCAUCGAAGCCCCGAAGACACUUGGCACACCGCCCAGCAACACUGGCGGUGGGGGAUUCUUCAGUGGAUGGGGUCGACGAACUGCGACUGACUAG